AUGUAUUGGCUUGCUAGACCCAGGGGUGGUGGGCGUGAUUCCCAAAUGUUCAUCCAAAGUUUCGAUUUCUCCAAAGAGACAUUCAAGCCCUUAAUAUGUUCUUCUGUUUUCCCCGUUAAGAUUGGGGUUGAUCUGGUCCGCCACGAGUAUCUUGAUAGAGGUGUCUUGUCAAGCUUCGGGGGAGAUAGGCUUUCUUUAUUGCAUCAACACCGCGACACCCCAGGGAUCGAGGUUUGGGUCACAAACAAGGUGACUGAUGCUGCUGCUGCUCUCUCAUGGACUAAGUAUUUUAAUGUCACUCACCCUCAUCACCCUAUAUUGAAUCCCCGUCUCUACGCUAACGGUAUUCCCACAUACUUUAUCCACGAGAAGACCAAUGGUGGUGGUAUCAUCAUGUUAUGGUGCGAUAAACUUCUUGUCCAAGAGGAGGACAAAGAUGAUGUACAAAUAAUGGAUUAUGAUAUUGCUUGUCCCAGCUUUUACGAAAUUAGUGAGGGAGGUGAGAUCAAAAACCAAGUUGACACAGGACCACUGUGGUAUGCACGUGGCCGUAGCACUUGUAGAUGUGGCGGUCUUUACGUUCCGAGUCUUGUUCCUCUUCCAGAUUAA